GUGAUUCUAACUUCAUGAACCUCCAGUAGCUGUGAACAUUUGGUACCCUCCAAGGAUAUAUUUGUAACCAAGUACCAAAUUGGUCGAUCAUCUUACUGAGAACAACAAUGCCGAGGGAGGCAGUGAUAACAUCUGUAUCCCACUUUGCACGGGUUGCAACGACACCUUGAAAAGUGUAGAUCUGACAAUAUAGAUAUCACAAAUCACAACAUCUUUCGAAAAUCCUCGCAGGCAUUCAAAGGGAUGUCUAAGGAGCUAAAACGCCAGGGACUAGCCGCUGUCAACCACCACCCACCUGUAAGCGAUGGAGAUUUAAAAAAUCUCUAUCAUUACCUUCUCCAGGGCAAUUUGGAAGAUGCCCAACUAUUGCAAUAUAAGGUGUUUAUCGACCUGAUGUUGCAUUUUGGGAGGCGAGGGAGAGAGAAUCUUACUACCCUGACACGACAAGAUUUUGCUGUAGGCCGAGACGAUGAGGGCGCUUUGUAUGUAUACAAGACCACAGACGAACUGACAAAAAAUCACCAGGAUGAUUCACAAAAAUCUUCAGAUGGAAGAAUGUAUGAAGUUAAAGAAUCUAUGGAAUGUCCUGUGAGAUCUUUUGUCAAGUAUAUAAGAAGACUCAACCCCAACUGCUCCCGUCUGUUCCAGAAGGCCAGAAAGGACCCUAAGGAUCGCAUUUUUUAUGACAAUAUUCCUCUUGGACAUAACAGGAUUGGGUCAUUUAUGACAGAAAUAAGUAAGGCUGCAUCACUCUCCGUGGUUUACACUAACCACUCCCUAGUGCUACCACAGUGCAUGUCUUGGAUAGUGCGCAUAUUCCUAGUAGGCACAUAAUGACAGUUACGGGACAUAAGUCCGAGUCAUCACUAAAAACCUACUCUGGUAA